GAAUUUGCCAUUGGUCGCACCACCCCUUCUACACCAAGGGUGUGGUCAGUCUUUUGGUCCUGUCAUCAGCGGUUCUUCAAACAGCUCUGGUGAGUAUUUAAUCCCGUCUCUGGUCCUUUAGGGGCGGAUAUUAAAGUUUAAACGUCAUUUAACAAAAACCGUUCUAACGCUCAUACCUUGUCAUCGUUUGCUGUUCACAUCAACAAGAAGGCGACAGCCUAAAUUAGAAAACCAUUUAUCUACUUAAAAUCAAUACCCUACAAACGAAUAAGGAGGCGCUCUGAUUUUUAAACCUCGUUUAAAUAGUCGACCUUAAGUUUCACCUUAACAUUUUUGCCUUCUUAUUUCCAGUAAUGUUGUCCUUGAUGCUAGUUCAUCGGCCUAUUUAAAGUUGUACGUAAGACUAAAUCGGUAUCGUCUCCAAUGGUACUGUGGGACUGUUUGCAGACGCUAUCGCCUUUUUAUUGGAUGUUACGAGGUUACGAGGGAAACUGGGUCAAAAUUCAUCCCCAAAACAGUCCCAUAGUGCAGUUCGACUCAACACCGACCCAUGUCCAAGCGAGGUUAAGUUCAAAACCUAAAAAAAAGUAAACGAAUUUCAUUUGUAUAAGAAUUAAAAAAAUCAUUUUCAUAUCAAUGGCUUCGCACUUAGCCUCUCUUUGAAACAGAGGCUUGAGGCAACUCGGAAAUGGCUAUAUUCGUGGGCCGCUUGGGAGCUCUCGGAACAGCUACCAGGAUUGCGUGAGAAAUUAAUGAAAAAGCAACGGAAACAAACCCUAACCCUGAAAUAGUAGAGCUACGUACCUGGUAGAGCGAAUGAAAUUAUAGUUUUUGAACGGCUUCGUGACAGUGGCAAUGUAACGUAAUCCAAGACAGUCUUUGAUUCUGGAUUGCACGCUGUGGAUUCCGGAUUUGUUAUCACUGGAACUUGGAUUUGGGAUUUCCAAUCGUUAGCGGGAUUACGGAUUCCAAAGUCCAGGAUUCCGGUUAUCACACGAAAAUUUUUCCUGGAUUCCGAAAUCCGAAUUACCUGAUCCUGGGCGGAUCAUUAUACGUUUCUGGGAAACUGCCCACCUACUCCUCCCUUAAGCUAACAUUUUGCCCUAAGUGAGAAGUAAGUGUUGAUGUUGGCUUAGGGGAAGGGUAGGUGGGCAGUUUCCCAGAAACGUAUAAUGAUCACAUGGGGCAAUUUUGCCAGUAUCAUGUUCCAUUUUAAGCGCCAGCAGGCAUUUUUACUUUGUAACCUUGCUUAUAUUGGGUCUGAUAACAGAUAAGAUGUAUAUGAAUAUUUUACAGCAUGAGUAUGAAAGUUCCUACCAUAGUGGAAGAAGCCCAGCAAGCAUUGCAGGCAGGAUAUUGUGUGGUCAUUGGUCUCCAGUCCACUGGAGAGGUUUGUUUUCUCCUUCUCUCCAAUUUUUUGUCGUAUCCACUCCAAACGGGUUAUAGUUUCUGAUAACAUAAAAAUUUCUUUAUUUCAAGGUCAGCCAGUGUUUAAAAUGUAAUGUUUGGGACACUGAGAACUUCUUGCAAAGUUAGUAGAAAGUACGUACCAAAUAAUUGUUCACCCCUCACAUUGUAUAGAGAGUUUCACAUAACAUUGUAGGUUCUAUUAGUGGAUGCACUUGCGGCCCUGCUCUUUCCCCUUGCGACUUCAGCGCCGCUGAAAAUCACUCCUGCGCUCUGAUUCCACCAGCUUUGCAGGCUAAUCUCAAGGAUGGUACAUCACACAACGAAUGGAUAAUUUUGAAAAUCCACUCUAUGCUCAACAUUACUUAAUACACUUUCUGUAACCUGCAAAGCAGGCGUAUUUUGUAGGGUGACUGUUCUCCCGCCAUCUGGGAAUAUUGAAACUGACAGAGAGUUCAGUCACCUGUUCAGUUGGCGUCAGUGAAGAAAUGAUUCAAGAUGGCGGACAUUUGUACCUCUAGGCUUAAGUUUAAAAGAAAUGUUUGCUCUACAGGCCACACUUUCUGCGUUCCACAUUUCAAAGAUUCGAUGGUACUUCUCCUGUUAUGGUUCAUAAGCCACGGAAGUCCAGUCCAAUAUUCUUGUUUACUCACUUUCCCGGCCUUAUUUUUGUUUCGGGUAAUGUGAAGUUAAGUAAAUUUUUUUAAAAAAGAGAGAAAUCAAGGCUAUUAUGUUCUUUGUGUAGAAUGGCGAUGUUGUUGAAGAUCAGGGGAGUGUUCAGGCUAAAAAUCUUCUACAAGGUUUUGUCAAGAAAAUUAAUCUCCCAAUCAGGUUUGUAUCAAUGUUACAUUCUUUAAAACCCUUUUAAAGAGCCUGUCUCACUAGGAUGAGCUUUUGCUGUUUUAGGUCAAUGCUGCGCAUUGAGUCCCUACUUAGCACCUUAACCUAAAUACAAAAUGCUCCUGAGGAAUUACACAGAAAAUAGCACACAAAUUUUUAAUCAUGGAGCACUAACCACUAUUUUUUUUGGUGAUUGUUACAGGCAUAGUAUUAAAACUUGAACAAUUUGGUAGAACGUUUUCAAGUUUAAAUCCAUGUCCAUUCUUGCCAUCCGUUGCAACAGACGACAGAAACCAGUUUCAGUGCUUAAAAAUAUUCUUAAAUAACAAAUUUGUCGCAUUAUUUUUGGGAUUAAUCCUGGGUGGGGAUGGAAAGGAUUAUGUUAUGGACUACCAUACACUGUCUCACUCCACCCAGGUGUAUAAAUUUGGGUACCAAAAGAUUUAAUCCUGGGUGGAGGUGGGAGGGAUCCUGUUAUGGACUACAAUAUACUGUCUCACUCCACCCAGGUGUAUAAAUGUGGGUACCAAAAGAUUUAAUCCUGGGUGGAGGUAAGAGGGAUCCUGUUAUUGACUACUAUCCCGUCCAAGGAAGAGCAAAAAUAUUCCUAGUCGCUUCAUGCUAUGGAGAUCGGAAUGUGCUACGGCCAAGUGGGCUACCUGGCUCGAACGCAGACUUUACCUUCGUACCUUUUUGACUUAUUUUUGUCUCUAGUCCUCUUGAUGACCUUAUAAACCAGCUCGGAGGGCCAGGAAAAGUAGCAGAAAUGACAGGCAGGCGUGGUCGCGCGGUAAAAACUGACAAGCAGCCUCAACCUCAUUACGAGGCUCGAGAAUCAGACAGCAGCAAUGUGGAUGGUUUGAAUAUUCAAGAGGUGAGCAAAGGGAUCAGAACUAAAUCUUGCGCCGUGUUCCGAAUAAAAUGGUAGAAAAUGCGAUUUACAGUCGGUAAUUACAGUGAUCAGCAUAGACGUCAUCCUCGGCCAAGACCCUGGAGGAGGCAGCCAGAUCGAAAACUUUCGUCGCACGACUCGUCGCACCGUUUCUGCCGACCUGGCUGACUGCCCCUUGGUCUCCGAGGAUGAACUCUGCCUAUGUCCCUUACAUUUAAAAACAGGACCGUCGUUUCAGCGCGAGAAAGACAGCCUAGUGCUUGCGUUUGUUAGUUGUUCCUGGGAUGACAAGUUUUCAAGUGUAGUCCAACCUUAAAGUCUUACUCUAAAUCUGAACUCUUAUGCCUUAAAUUCAGGUAGCAAUCCGGUUUCGGAUCUUCGUUUCAUUCCCCAGUAUUUUUCGCUUUCGCUAUGACAACUAAGUCGGCAUAAACCAAUUGCUUGAAGCUCCAAAAAUGCCUCUUUAAAUACCACAGUUUUUAGAGAGUUGUUUGAGUAUAUCUGAACAUUCAACCUUGUUUUUUCGAUUGCAUUGUAUCACAGAGGAACAGUUUUAUGAAUGGAACAAAACUUGUUGCCAUCAUAUCUGAUGCCGCCAGCACUGGUAGGUUCCCUUUGCAUCUUGAUUCGUUUGAAGUUACCUGGUUUAAACCUUGCACUUUUUAAAUUCUUUUAAUACUUGAAAUUUGAGGGCAACCUUGAAGUUAUUUUCACACAAAGAAUCGCUGGCUCAGUGUCUGUUAGCGUUCAAUUGAGUUGCCAUUACUUGGAAUUUCGUGUAGAGACUCGAAAUUUAGAGUGAUGUUUCUUGACUUAAAGUUCUUCUCAAGCAGGAAUAAAAGGUUUUCCUCAGGUAAAAGGAACCGCAAUAAAUAACGUGUAUAAGUGACAAGACAAGACGAUAAUUUACUUGGGGUCGUAUACCACCUGGUACAUCGACUGUUUUCCAAAUGAUUUAAUAUUACAAUAUUCUGUGUGAUAUAAUUUGUAAGACUCAUUGAAUUACACAGGUAUCUCGUUACACGCGGAUCUCCGAGCAGCCAAUCAGUGCCGCCGUGUUCAUGUGACCAUUGAGCUGCCUUGGAGUGCUGACAAAGCUGUUCAGCAACUGGGAAGAUCACACCGGUCAAACCAGACAAGGUACAUGCACUGCCCAAACACAAACGUUCCUAUCCCUUUGAUAUAAGCUAUUUCCUAAAGAAGAAGGAAAUGGUUGCGCGCUGCACGUUUACCAUUUUUUAAUUGUACCUCCGCUUGAUUAGCCUUGUUGGAAGGGUAGCGUUCUGCCAAGCAGGUUUAAACCCGCCGUUUAAACCCAACACCAACCAGGGUCUUCAAAAAACUGAUCAUAUCAUGCUGCCUGUUAUCUAAGAUCUUGUCUCAGUCCAGAUGAUCUGAUAGUCACGUCAGUGGGCGGUGAUGUUAAUCCAUUGGCCUUGUCUUAUUCAUCCUUUCUUAACAAUUCGAAGGGGACGUAAAAAGAACCCACACUGCUGUUGGAGAAGAGAGUGAGAGGUAGACCUCCUGUGGUGUGGUUUAUCUCUCACGUGGAAGGGAACUGUCACGGGGCACAAUACUUGGCUUCACGCUUUUGCGGUUACCCUGCCAAGAAUUGGACAGUCUAGGAAAACAAAAAAUAAAAUUCCUUGUGAUUAAAAAUCUGAAGGCUUUCCUGGAAUAUCACUACUUCCAUAAUAUCCUGUGUACAGCCGCCUUCUCCCCUUGGGAAAAAUCGGGAAAAGGGAGGGGGCGGCUUUACACAGGCUACUCCCAUGAUCACUUUUCUUUCGCCAAAAUCCCCUUUGUACCAUGGGAGUCAGAGGAGGGAGAUAUCACGUGAUAAUGUUCACCGUCUAAUUGGCGCGCUCGGGGGCUCCGCUUUUCUCCAGAGUUUUACUGGCUCUAAUGUUUUCUUUGUUUUGUUUUGUUUUUUUUUUUAGUGGACCUAUCUAUAAACUUGUAACAACAAACUUGGGCGGUGAAAGAAGAUUUGCUGCGGCUGUGGCUCGACGGCUUCAGUCGUUAGGUAAUGUUUAAAUGUUUGUCAAACUCGGAAAAUCGUGAACAUCUGACGUAUUUGUGAAUUAUUCUCACUCAGUUGCAAGGAAAAAGCUAAUCAGACAUAAAAACAAAGAAGCUGCAAGUAUCAGCGGUAAUUAGUUUGAGAAAGAUGAUUUUUAAGUCUGACACAGGCGGCUGGAAAUGAAAAAAUCCGAGUACACCCAUCCAACAGGAGUUAAAACUUUGAUCAUCUGUUUACUAGCCCGGCCAGAUGUUCUACCACUAAGCUACAGGGGUCACGUGGGAGCUAAGGUCACUAAACUAGGUCCAUGUGGCAAACAUCCUGCAUACUUCUAGGACUAAAAUGUCGAUAUGUACUGAUGCAAUAUGAUAAGAGAUGUGAUGGCAGGGUGCAAAGAAAAUCAUUUUUAUAGCUUGCCAUUCGGGCAAGCUGAAGCUAGCAUUUACUAGCCCAGACAUCAUUUUAACUAGCCCUAAAAGCUUUUUGACCAGCAGAAUUGAUUUCACAGUUCUUCCUUUAUCCGAAUUGCUCAAAAGACAUCACUUGCUUAUUGGGCAAGUUAAAAAGAGAAUUCACCAGCCUGAUAACAAAAUCCAUUUGCCCCGAGCUAUCGGACACUACUUUCUUUGCACUCUUGAUGGUGAAUUUUGAGCCUGGUGAAUACAUGAGAAAUAUGAUUUUUCAGUCAGUGACACAGGCGGCUUGGAAGAAAAACAUCCAAUUACUCCUAGUAGGCGGUCAAACUUAUGACAUUCUGGUUACUAGUCCAGAUGCUCUACCACUGAGCCACAGGAGAAGUUUUGGAGCUAAGUUCAUGUGCAAACAUCCGGUAUGUAAUACUGCUAGAUUGUCUAGAACUAGUCCUAGCAGAAUACAGUCGAAGCUCUCCAUGCGACCACUCUCGUGGUCUAGUUACGACCACAUUUGUGAAACCCCGUUUGGACAGUGACUUAAACAAUUUAGUGAAAAAGCUCUUGUAAGCGACCACUCCAGUAAGCGGCCGUGAACGCUUUUGGGAUUACCCAAAUGGACGGGGUGGUCGCUUACGACAGCUUUGACUGUAUUUAGAACGUUCUUGUCCUAGCAGCAUGCUGGAUGUUUGUCACGUGAACCUAGUUUAGUGGCCUUAAUCAUUUGUAGCUCAGUGGUAGAGCAUCUGGACUGGUAGCCAGAAAGUCAUAGGUUUUCUUUUGUUUUCCCAGCCAAAAGCAUCAAUCCAUUCAACUAAACAGCCAUGACAGAGCCCCUUUAAGUUUUUGUUUUGUUUGCCUGCAGGUGCACUUACCAAAGGUGACAGACGAGCAGCGACUGGGGCCGACUUAACGCAGUUUAAUUUUGACACGCCUUACGGCCGAUCUGCACUCAGGAACAUGUACCAAGCCAUUACUUUGGUAUGUCAGAUAGCCUGUUUCGGGAUAAAAGAUAAUAGCGUAGUAACUAGCUAAAUUGUUUUUUAUUCUCGAUAUUUUUGACCAACUAGUUGGAUUUUACUAAAACAAUUAUUCCUCUCGCCCUCAUUGCCUCUUAGUCAAAAGCCCAUUCGGCCUUCGGCCUCAUAGGCUAUUGACUCAGAGCCCAUUCGGGCUCGAGGAAUAAUUGCUAAAAAUCCCACGUUAAAGCACCCCCCGGUUUUAAACCCUCUCCCGGAUCUAAGUCCAUCUCUUUGCUAACGAAGAUAUUACAUAUUCCGGAUACAAGUCCCCCGGAUAUAAUCCCCCCCGCCCCUAUUUAUAAGCCUACCCAAAACCCCUCAAGACGUUAUAUAAGCCCAGGGUUUUAACGUGAGAUUUUACGGUAUCGGUAUGUCAGAAGUGGUCACGAAUUAGAACCAUGUGUGCUUGUUGCUUGUGUCAUGUACGACCGAGCGUUUUUUAUUUGAACUUGGGACUUAUUUUGCCUUUUUUUUUCAGCAAUCCAUUUGUCCCGGAGUUGCUUUGUCUAAGGUUCUGUUAGCAGCACAAAUUCCCGACAAGCAUGAAUUCACAGAGUUUAACUCCAUCGCAAGGGUGAGUUUUACUUCGUUGGUCGCGAACGUGGUUAAAAUUCUUGUUUAAUUUCUCUCCUUAAAAGUGGAUUUGGAAACAAAAUUUAUGAUGUCAGAGACAGUUUUAUAUGGCAGUUAGGCAGCGAUAUUGCUUCAUAAAAAUUUUGGGCAACACGUGGGAAUGGAUAAAGGAAAAACGUCAUUUUGUAAUAACAUAUAAUGCGAUCAGUAAAAAAUGACUUGAUAGGAAAAAUUAGAGAGACCUUCAAUAGUGGCAACUCAAUACCCCAACAGCUAUUUUGUAACCACCAACAAUUUCUGCAGCUUUAGGAAACCUUUGUGGAAACAGGAGAUACAUAAGUAGCCUGUUUAUAAUAAUAAUAAGCAUUUGGAAAAAUGUAAGCUCCUUGUUUGUCUUGUCCCAUCGCGUUUCUUGCUCCUCAGCAUGGCGUAUUUGUACCACGUGACUAAAGCACUACAAAGCGCCCAUUUCGUUCGGUAGUCUAGCCCGCGCCAUAGACGAAACUAAACUCUGGUUAAGUCUGUCUACGAAAAAGCGCCGAAAUCCUUGUUCUGGGCCCCACUUGUGUACCAGGAUUUGAGUCAAUCAGGUUGAAAAGAAACUGGAAACGCACUUCUGGCAAAACGCUUAUUCCGUUGUGGGCCCAGCACAAGGAUCUCGGCGCUGUUUCGCUGACAUUACCUGGAAUUGCCUCUCAAAAAUAUGAAAAAAUCAAAUCGGCAAGUUUAAAUUUAUGCAACUCAGCAUAAAAGCGACUCUAGCAUAGGAGGAUUUGAAGAUUUUAGUCCAGCAUAGGGUAGAAAACUUCAGCUGCACUAGCUUUAGUAUAGGCUAAGGGUUACAGGGUCCCGGCGGCACAUCCCCGCCCAAAAAAUCCUGAAAAGGUACCACCCCCCCCGGGGGGGGGGUUAGAUUACAUAUGCGACGUAGGCUAUUGGUAGUCCAGUUUCACAUUAGUGGUUACUUAUGAAGAAAGUCUUUCUCAAAGGUAGUCCAUUACAUUUACCGAGGUGUCCAAAUGACUGAAUUACUCUCAAGUUUAACAAAGCCCUGUUUUCUUUCGUUUCACAGCAAUGUCUUCUGUCCAUGGGAGUAACAGACGCCAGUUUCGUGGUGAAAGACAAAGACGUCAGCGAUGUGGGAAAAUUUCUCAACCGUAUUUUGGGUCUUAGUGUGGAAAGACAAAAUUUGGUAAGUACAAAGAUCCUUCCUGUUUGGUGGCAAUGAAACGUACGUUUGAGGGGAAGUUGUGGGACUACCCUUGUUUCCUAACUUUUUCUGCUAUUUGAACCGCUGUCGUGAAUUUUAUCUGUCGAUUUCUCAGUCUUCUUUUAUCGUUCGAUUUCCCACUCUUCUUUUAUCGAUCGAUUUCUCAGUCUUCUUUUAUCGUUCGAUUUCCCACUCUUCUUUUAUCGAUCGAUUUUUCAGUCUUCUUGUAUCGAUCGAUCGAUCGAUUUCUCAAUCUUCUUUUAUCGAUCGAUUUCUCAGUCUUCUUUUAUCGAUCGAUUUCUCAGUCUUCUUUUAUCGAUCGAUUUCUCAGUCUUCUUGUAUCGAUCGAUUUCUCAGUCUUCUUUUAUUGAUCGAUUUCUCAGUCUUCUUUUAUCGGUCGAUUUCCCACUCUUCUUUUAUCGAUCGAUUUCCCACUCUUCUUUUAUCGAUCGAUUUCUCAGUCUUCUUGAAUCGAUCGAUUUCUCAGUCUUCUUGUAUCGAUCGAUUUCUCAGUCUUCUUGUAUCGAUCGAUUUCUCAGUCUUCUUGUAUCGAUCGAUUUCUCACUCUUCUUUUAUCGAUCGAUUUCUCAGUCUUCUUUUAUCGAUCGAUUUCUCAGUCUUCUUUUAUUGAUCGAUUUCUCAGUCUUCUUGUAUCGAUCGAUUUCUCACUCUUCUUUUAUCGAUCGAUUUCUCAGUCUUCUUUUAUCGUUCGAUUUCCCACUCUUCUUUUAUCGAUCGAUUUCUCACUCUUCUUGUAUCGAUCGAUUUCUCAGUCUUCUUUUAUCGAUCGAUUUCUCAGUCUUCUUGUAUCGAUCGAUUUCUCAGUCUUCUUUUAUUGAUCGAUUUCUCAGUCUUCUUUUAUCGGUCGAUUUCCCACUCUUCUUUUAUCGAUCGAUUUCCCACUCUUCUUUUAUCGAUCGAUUUCUCAGUCUUCUUGAAUCGAUCGAUUUCUCAGUCUUCUUGUAUCGAUCGAUUUCUCAGUCUUCUUGUAUCGAUCGAUUUCUCAGUCUUCUUGUAUCGAUCGAUUUCUCACUCUUCUUUUAUCGAUCGAUUUCUCAGUCUUCUUUUAUCGAUCGAUUUCUCAGUCUUCUUUUAUUGAUCGAUUUCUCAGUCUUCUUGUAUCGAUCGAUUUCUCACUCUUCUUUUAUCGAUCGAUUUCUCAGUCUUCUUUUAUCGUUCGAUUUCCCACUCUUCUUUUAUCGAUCGAUUUUUCAGUCUUCUUGUAUCGAUCGAUCGAUCGAUUUCUCAAUCUUCUUUUAUCGAUCGAUUUCUCAGUCUUCUUUUAUCGAUCGAUUUCUCAGUCUUCUUUUAUCGAUCGAUUUCUCAGUCUUCUUGUAUCGAUCGAUUUCUCAGUCUUCUUUUAUUGAUCGAUUUCUCAGUCUUCUUUUAUCGGUCGAUUUCCCACUCUUCUUUUAUCGAUCGAUUUCCCACUCUUCUUUUAUCGAUCGAUUUUUCAGUCUUCUUGUAUCGAUCGAUCGAUCGAUUUCUCAAUCUUCUUUUAUCGAUCGAUUUCUCAGUCUUCUUUUAUCGAUCGAUUUCUCAGUCUUCUUUUAUCGAUCGAUUUCUCAGUCUUCUUGUAUCGAUCGAUUUCUCAGUCUUCUUGUAUCGAUCGAUUUCUCACUCUUCUUUUAUCGAUCGAUUUCUCAGUCUUCUUUUAUCGAUCGAUUUCUCAGUCUUCUUGUAUCGAUCGAUUUCUCAGUCUUCUUGUAUCGAUCGAUUUCUCACUCUUCUUUUAUCGAUCGAUUUCUCACUCUUCUUUUAUCGAUCGAUUUCUCAGUCUUCUUUUAUUGAUCGAUUUCUCAGUCUUCUUGUAUCGAUCGAUUUCUCACUCUUCUUUUAUCGAUCGAUUUCUCAGUCUUCUUUUAUCGAUCGAUUUCUCAGUCUUCUUGUAUCGAUCGAUUUCUCAGUCUUCUUGUAUCGAUCGAUUUCUCAGUCUUCUUGUAUCGAUCGAUUUCUCACUCUUCUUUUAUCGAUCGAUUUCUCACUCUUCUUUUAUCGAUCGAUUUCUCAGUCUUCUUUUAUCGAUCGAUUUCUCAGUCUUCUUGUAUCGAUCGAUUUCUCACUCUUCUUUUAUCGAUCGAUUUCUCAGUCUUCUUUUAUCGAUCGAUUUCUCAGUCUUCUUGUAUCGAUCGAUUUCUCACUCUUCUUUUAUCGAUCGAUUUCUCAGUCUUCUUUUAUCGAUCGAUUUCUCAGUCUUCUUGUAUCGAUCGAUUUCUCAGUCUUCUUGUAUCGAUCGAUUUCUCAGUCUUCUUGUAUCGAUCGAUUUCUCACUCUUCUUUUAUCGAUCGAUUUCUCACUCUUCUUUUAUCGAUCGAUUUCUCAGUCUUCUUUUAUCGAUCGAUUUCUCAGUCUUCUUGUAUCGAUCGAUUUCUCACUCUUCUUUUAUCGAUCGAUUUCUCAGUCUUCUUUUAUCGAUCGAUUUCUCACUCUUCUUGUAUCGAUCGAUUUCUCAGUCUUCUUGUAUCGAUCGAUUUCUCACUCUUCUUUUAUCGAUCGAUUUCUCACUCUUCUUUUAUCGAUCGAUUUCUCAGUCUUCUUGUAUCGAUCGAUUUCUCAGUCUUCUUGUAUCGAUCGAUUUCUCACUCUUCUUUUAUCGAUCGAUUUCUCACUCUUCUUUUAUCGAUCGAUUUCUCAGUCUUCUUUUAUUGAUCGAUUUCUCAGUCUUCUUGUAUCGAUCGAUUUCUCACUCUUCUUUUAUCGAUCGAUUUCUCAGUCUUCUUUUAUCGAUCGAUUUCUCAGUCUUCUUGUAUCGAUCGAUUUCUCAGUCUUCUUGUAUCGAUCGAUUUCUCAGUCUUCUUGUAUCGAUCGAUUUCUCCUCUUCUUUUUUUAUCGAUCGAUUUCUCACUCUUUUUUUAUCGAUCGAUUUCUCAGUCUUCUUUUAUCGAUCGAUUUCUCAGUCUUCUUGUAUCGAUCGAUUUCUCCCUCUUCUUUUAUCGAUCGAUUUCUCAGUCUUCUUUUAUCGAUCGAUUUCUCAGUCUUCUUGUAUCGAUCGAUUUCUCAGUCUUCUUUUAUCGAUCGAUUUCUCAGUCUUCUUUUAUCGAUCGAUUUCUCAGUCUUCUUGUAUCGAUCGAUUUCUCAGUCUUCUUGUAUCGAUCGAUUUCUCAGUCUUCUUGUAUCGAUCGAUUUCUCACUCUUCUUUUAUCGAUCGAUUUCUCAGUCUUCUUGUAUCGAUCGAUUUCUCAGUCUUCUUGUAUCGAUCGAUUUCUCAGUCUUCUUGUAUCGAUCGAUUUCUCACUCUUCUUUUAUCGAUCGAUUUCUCAGUCUUCUUUUAUCGAUCGAUUUCUCACUCUUCUUGUAUCGAUCGAUUUCUCAGUCUUCUUGUAUCGAUCGAUUUCUCACUCUUCUUUUAUCGAUCGAUUUCUCACUCUUCUUUUAUCGAUCGAUUUCUCAGUCUUCUUGUAUCGAUCGAUUUCUCAGUCUUCUUGUAUCGAUCGAUUUCUCACUCUUCUUUUAUCGAUCGAUUUCUCAGUCUUCUUUUAUCGAUCGAUUUCUCAGUCUUCUUUUAUCGAUCGAUUUCUCAGUCUUCUUUUAUCGAUCGAUUUCUCAGUCUUCUUUUAUCGAUCGAUUUCUCAGUCUUCUUUUAUCGAUCGAUUUCUCACUCUUUUUUUAUUGAUCGAUUUCUCAGUCUUCUUUUAUUGAUCGAUUUCUCACUCUUCUUUUAUCGAUCGAUUUCUCACUCUUCUUUUAUCGAUCGAUUUCUCAGUCUUUUUUUAUUGAUGGAUUUCUCAGUCUUCUUUUAUCUGUCGCUUUCUCAGUCUUCUUUUAUCGAUCGAUUUCUCAGUCUUCUUUUAUCGAUCGAUUUCUCAGUCUUCUUGUAUAGAUCGAUUUCUCAGUCUUCUUUUAUUGAUCGAUUUCUCAGUCUUCUUGUAUCGAUCGAUUUCUCAGUCUUCUUGUAUCGAUCGAUUUCUCAGUCUUCUUGUAUCGAUCGAUUUCUCAGUCUUCUUGUAUCGAUCGAUUUCUCAGUCUUCUUUUAUCGAUCGAUUUCCCACUCUUCUUUUAUCGAUCGAUUUCUCAGUCUUCUUUUAUCGAUCGAUUUCUCAGUCUUCUUUUAUCGUUCGAUUUCUCAGUCGUCUUGUAUCUUUGUCAGAACUAGCCGGCCAAACUGGUCAUAAUGAAAAUGAAAUGUUUACCAAAAACCCAUCACUGCCGCGCAUACAUUUUAGAGAUAAACAGAUCUGUCCGGAUAGUCCUGAUUAAAAGUGGAAUUCUCCUGGCGGUUGUACUGGUCUGGCCAGCCAGUUCUGACAAAUUGUAAGUGCCCUAAGACUUUCUAUUAUCGAGUUUCCUUUUUUGUUUCUGUUUUCUAUUUUCGUGGUGUUACUCAAUCAGUCGCGUUUUUAGCGCUCAUGGAAUUCGACUUUUGAAUGAGUCUGAUAUCCAGAUUUUACCGCUAGCUCCUUCAGGGUAUAGGGAAGAGGAGAUGGCUGACACCACAAACUCGGCUUCGGUAUCUCAAAUAUAUAACUUUCUCCUCUACACCGGUAGCUCGCUAGUAUAGAACAGACGCUUGUGCCUUCCCAAGCUCACUAACCCAGUUUACACCCACUUUUCUGCUGCGCUACAUCUCACGUGACCACACCCCUUGUGCAAAGUACUUUGCGAUUUUUGUCUCAUAAGAAAUGUUUCAUUGUCUCCUGUUUUAUUUGUAGUUAUUCUCGUACUUUUGUGAGUGCCUAAAUGCUGCAAUUGAAACUGCAAAGCGCGAAGGAAGGUAAGUAUUGUUUUUGUUACUGACCAGUUAAUUUCUAAGAAACUAAGUUCUUCACCCCGAAGCGUCGAUCUCUCAUAUUAAGCUUAGGGUCAAUAAAGCUUGGCUCUUGCACGAUAAGAUUUGUGUCGCAUGCAUCCUCGAAAAAACAUUGGUCUCGCAUUCAUACCCUGGACACAAAUGAAUAAUAUUGCGUGAUAAUUCUUAGGUAUAGUGAAGGCGUGACAGACGUAUCUGGAUCUUCAAUCACGAUGGUCGGCGCUGCCCAGCCUGUUUUUAGCGACUUUCAAAGAGGCCUCAUGGAAACAAAGUAAGUAGUCUUAAUGAAGAUAUGACCCUUCCCAGUCGUGAACGCAAUUUAAGCAAUUGCAAAUUUAGCCUGAAGUUACCAUUAAGUCAAUUCUUAAGGUCAUUCUUCUGUAGUAGAACCUGCAGUGAGAUUUUUGUCAAACUUUGCCGAUUGGAUGUUGUUUGAAAUAAAAUCGCGGGGUCCCCAAUCCCCAUACUCGUUUUGGAGCGGGAGCAACUUGUAAGUGCGCAGUGAUUCCUUGAGAUACCAAGGGAGCUUCCGCAUCAACGACGGCGAUGGCAGCGAAAACGUCACUUUCAAAAUGAAUUUGAGUGGUUUUUUUUUGGCGUGCUUAUUCCAGUUCAAUGACAAUGUCAAACUGUAGCGGGUGAAUUUCUUGGGGACCGCACUCAAGUUUAAAUAGAGAAGGAAAAAAAUUCUCUCUCGCUUGUUUACGUCCUCCAUAAACGUGAAAUUAGGCAUUUUCACAUCGUAGUUGUGUAGUGACGGCAACGAAAUGUAGGAAAAUGUGUGAUGCACGUGCGAAGUUGUUGUUUAGCUAAUAUAAACCUAAGCCCCGUGCAAACGGACGCAACUUAACAUUGUUGGCCAACAACUCCCAACAUUGUUGGAUGUUACAUGUUGCGUCCGUUUGCACAUCCUGUUGGAUGUUGUUGGAUGUUGUUGCGUGUUGUUGCGCAAAGUUUGAAACCGGUCAAACUUUUCAGCCAGCGACUCCCAACAUUUCUUUUCUUCCGUGAUCGCCGAAACGUAGCACAACAAUGUUGGAUCCGUUUGCACAACUCUUCCAACAUUGUUGGGGCCACGCACGCUCAUUACGCAUGCUUUACAAAGACUCAUGGGUUGUAUGCUUCCCACGAUGUACUGCAGGUCCCAACAUUGUUGAGAGUUGUUGCAUCCGUUUGCACACCACUGCCAACAUGCACGCAACAACUCCCAACAUUGUUGGCGCGACAAUGUUGGGAGUUGUUGCGUCCGUUUGCACGCAGCCCUAUGAUUUUUUAAUAUUUAUGAGUACAUGUUUUGAACACGUUUCCGACGGUCGUCUCUCUUUCUACGGUAGAAAUUAGUCUUAAUUUAUUCAAGAAGAAGAACGUUACUGCUCAUUUUAAAAGAAGAGAAAAAAUAAAAGGUCACCAUGCUCGUUUACGAGAAAAUGAAGAUUUAACUCUCUGGGGAGCUCCACUCCAGUGUCAAGGCAAAAGCCGCCUUGUUUUAAGUGCGUGCGUCCUGUUAUGAUCUGUUGGCGUGGGCUUAUCAAGUGUGAAGUAAUGCGCAAUGCAUACGAAGGAAUAACCUAAAAUCCCUUCUCAGUUAUUUUCAUUUCUUUUUUCAGACACAUGACUGUAAACGUUGAUCGCGGAAUAGGCUGGGAUUCAGCAGUGAAGCAGUUACAAGACAAUGGAAAAAACAAGUUUGACGGGUUUUAUUGUUCCAAAAGGGAACAGAAAGGGAGACGGCUUUACCUUCUAGCGAUACAAAAGGAGUCUUCCACCCAUCUUUUUAACAUUACAAGGUAAAUGUAAGGGCGAAAAACUGCUUUUCACCGAUGUGAACGCCCUAAAAGUUCAAAUGUUAGGUUGGUUGGUUGGUUUAAAUACCGUAAAUCCUCUAUACAGCCCUGCCCUCUCUCUUAAAUAAGCACCUUCCCCUCUAACGUUUCAUCUGGACUAAUCCGGUAUGCUUCAUUAACCAGAUUCAGAGACUUGAAGUUGUGAUUUCUUCCUGUAAACGAUAAAGUACAUGCGAUUAAGCCUCCCAGGAUCUAAGCUCCCGGCGCGUCCAAACGAAUUAAAAUGAAUUCGAUUUAUUAUGACAUUUUGAAGCUUGCUUAAAAACCAGUAAAUGCUAAAGGUUUCUUGUUCAGCACUGGUAUAGAAUGUUUCGAAGUGCCUUUUCUAUUUCGGUUAUUAGCCCCUUCGUUUAUUACCUCUCUUAAAACCCCUUAAGAAAAUGUAUAAACCCAGGGCUUAUAAGCGACAUAUUACGGUUGUGGAAUUUCUACCCAAAGAUAAUUUCCGCUUUUACUUCGUUUUGUUUUUGUGCAGACCAAACACAGGACGGUCUCCUUUUGAAGAAGAAAAAACCGAUCUUCUGCACAAGUACAAUAGGAUUUCACUGGAAGAUGCAGGUAAGCGAGGCGGGCCUAGUCAGGCUAUCUUUUGUAUCUACCACCGGGAAGCCGUGUGAAAUCAGAAGUGCUGUCCGCGUGUUUUACUGUGAUUUGUUUGAAAUCUAGUACACUGCACGGGUGCCAGCCCGUCCUAAUUUGUAAAAGGUAGGCGAAUAUUCCUGGAGCUCAAUUCUCAAAAAGUGUAGUUAUCUUCAAAAAGAUAAAUAAAAAUUCGUCGUCGUCUCGUCCUCCAUAAAACGUCGCUUUAGGGGGUUUCACGUCGUAGUCGUGCAGUGGACGUUAAAGAAAUGUACUAAAAAGUGUGGUGUACGUGCAGAGCCGUAUUGUUUUGUUCAUAAAAUGAAUUUUUUGACGUACUCGCUGCCGUCGUCGUUGUGGUUGCAGAGCUUUUAAAAUAAAAGCCAUUAAAUAAAAACAUUUCUUUUGUCGUAACUUCAUGUUUUGCUAAUCGUUUAACAGGUUACACGAAAAGUAAAACUCGUAAAAUGUCAACUACUUUGAUUGGUCAGGAACUAAAUACUGUGGUAUACUUUUGAUUCAUUAGAUGCUGGAUGGAAAGCACAGUACGAAAGAACCAGAGAUCACUGUAUUCACGGAUUAGGCUGCAAGACUGGACCUUAUUGUAAAAGUAAGUGAAAACUUUAUUACAGUGGUGUAUUCCUUAGAAGUCUCCUUAAGAGACCACGAGGAAGUGACUCGACAAAAUGAUUUAAUCCUUCUUUAAAAGAAUAACUGCGACAAUUUGUUAAUGAAUGAACGAAUAAACUUUACGAACGUGUCAAUACAAUAUCUGGUAGAGAGGAAUCCCUCAUCUAAUAGGGGACACCUAAAGCGCGAUACAAUUGUCACAGUUAGUUGCAAUAAAACGAAUUUUUUAAAUUUACAGUGAGCACGAUACAAUGAAAAGUUAUCAACUUGUUAGUGGCUAUCUUUAAAAAAAUACGUAACGUUGAUGGGUAAUGCAGUCCAUGAUUAAGAUAUGGUCAUGCUAUCUUUCUUUAUCCCAUCCCAUCCUAUCCUAUCCUAUCCCAUCCCAUUCCAUUCUGUCCUAUCCUGACCUGUUCAUUAGAAAGAAAAGACAGCAUAAUAGCAUCCCAAUAUCAAUACCUUGUAUGGUUACUUGGUAUUGGCCAUUUUGAGGUUGCGCGUCAGGUUCAGGUUGUUGGUAUGUCGAGAGCACUUUGAUCCCUUUUGGGACGCUAUGGCUUCACUCAUUGGCUUUUACGAGGUUGCGCAAGAAACUGGGUUAAAAUUUCUCCCGCAAAACAGUCCCAUAGUGCAAUGGACUGGCCACUCUGUGGUCAAGAGUGGUAUUUCACAUAUAUUUACAUGAAGUCAAACGGCACCAUAAAAUGGCUUAUCAUUGGAUCGAUCACCGUUUCUGGAAAAACUCCCAACCUCCGAAACCCUAACCCAUGUUUUUUUUCUAAAGCACCCGUUAGGGAAAAACGAGAGUUAAGGUGGGUUGGGAAGGACCCAGAAACUGUAAAUAAUUCGACGAGAUCCCGUUUUUGUUUGUUUGUCAGCCGGCUGUCGCAUUACUCAGAUCCAUUUUUUGUGUGGUGGAAUUAUUCCUCUGUUGUCUGCGUUGGAGAUGGCCAUGGCUAAAAAUGCUGAUAAAAUUGGUCUCAGGUAAGUAACUCUUAACCCCUUCGCUUCCAAAAGAACUGAUUAUCAAAAGCAUGAAUCGCUAUAAAAGCCGAAGCACUGCUAAAAAGGUUAUAUGUGAAUGGUCGCACAAUGUAUUCACAGUAUGUUUUAGCGGUUGAUAUUUUGUCCGUCUGGCGACUUCAGUUCCCGAGGCGUGAGUUUUGGUCGUGUCAUUGUGUUUGGUUCUUGUCGGCGAGCAGUUUUUCUUUUUCCUUUUUGUUGCAGCAAGGAAAGUCGAUCUCUGAGAGUAGUCCGCGUUGAGCUAGAUAACGGUCAGCGGCUGGUAGGUCUGCGUUACCCAGAGCAACUCAUACCGGAAGCUACAUUGUUUCUGAAGGAGCAAAAGUUGCUCGACGCCGUUAUCGUAAGUAAAUAUUGAUUUGUAUAAAGAAAAGUGUAAAAAAUUCUCAUCACACAUUUUUGGCCAAGCACUCGUGUUAAAGAACAGUUCCCGACCGGUCCUUAAUUUUAGCAGCGUUGAACGAUUGAUAACCACACUCAGUCAUCAUCAAUAACUCCUCUUACCCGAGAGUGACCAACAUUAAUUUUCUCCUAACAAUAAUAUUUAACAAUUAUUCCUCUCGCCUUCAUGGCCUCUGAGUCAAUAGUCCAUGAGGCCGAAGGCCAAAUGGGCUAUCGACUUAGAUGCCAUGAGGGCGAGAGGAAUAAUUUUUUUAAUAAAAUCCAACUAGCUGGUCAAAAAUAUCGAGACAAAACAGGUUUAGCUGGUUAAAGCUCGACUUUAAUGCUUUUUUUGCCGCCAAAAAGCCCGUGCUUUUCGUUACUAGUGGGCUAUAACAUAUAGCCUAGUAGUAGCUCAACUAAUCAGAACGCAGCAUUGAUAAUAGACCACUAGUUGGAUUUUACUAAAUAGACUUAGCCAGGGCUAAAAGCGAAGCUCUGGUUAAUAAUACUUAUAAACCAGAAAAAUUAAAACGUGUAAUGCUAAACGGGGACGGCAAUGAAAAUGGCAUCAAGUUUAAUAGAUUUAAUAAGCAAAAAAACAAAUUUACACGUGCAGCACGCUUUUUGUCUUUGUUUGCCGUUGUUUUGCACAACUACAACGCUGUUUUGUUGGACUAAAUCGUCAAACUUCCUAGUUACACAUUAUUUUUAUGGAGGAAUUGUCGUAUGUGCUUACCCAGUAUUUUGUCUCCUGUGUUCAUGUUCGCUUUUAUUUUUCACUGCCCCUCAUUUUCACCUUGCUGGGCGUUAAUUCCUUGCUGGCCGCUAGCAUUUCUCAUUGUCUCACCGCCGCUUUGAAUUUUUAUGUUUUUCUUCCUAAAUUCGGCUGUAGCUCUUUCUCUGUUAUCCACGUGAAUGUAAACAUCAAAAAUAACAUCGAAAAAUACAUGACUUUGUACUUCUCACUUAGGCCAAAAUGUUGGCUUAGGGGAGGGGUAGGUGGGCAGUUUCCCAGAAGCGUGUAAUGAUCCAUAAUAUCAAUACGUAACCAAGAGAAAAGGUUAUAAGAAUUAAUAAAAUGUAACCAAAAGUUGAUAUUUUACAAAAUUCUCUAUACGUGAAGAAAAAGUCUGAAGAUUUUAUUUGUCUGUGGAUACUGGGUUUUCGUAGUACACAACAGAGAAUAAGUUUUAUUUUAACAUCGCAGCAUGAUCUUGUUACUUAUCUGAUAUUUAUUUCAAAUUAUUAAUAACCUGCGAGUUCAGCCUUCUCUCGUUGCCCCCGUUUGUGGGGACGUUAGCGAGAGUUUGGUUAAAAUUUUUAUCAUGCUUUACUACUGCUUCUAGGCUUCAACUUUGAACCGGGUUAGGUAUUGUUUUGACUUAAACGAUUAUCUUUUGUUGUUGUUGUUUUUUUUCCUUUAUUUUCUAGGACAAACAAAAUGGUGUUUUGAGUUCAACAGAACCUUCUCUUAGACAGCCAUCAAAAGCCAGCCGAGCGUUUGAGGAAGCGGAAACUCCCAUCAACCAAAGGACGUUAACUAAGGCUACUACUCCUCCUGUAACUAUAAAGAAUUUCUUUAAACCGAAGACUGUUGAACGAUCACCUGAGAGUAAUAAAAGUGCAUCAGAACAUCAGGAUGUUAAGGAAAAGAGCGGGGAAAAUGACUGCAAUGAGAUCGAAAAUCAAGAAAUCGAGAACAACGUCAAAAACAGCACGGUUCACAAACAAGCAACGACCAAAGUAAGUAAGAAGGAAGUCAAAUCAAUAUACUUUAAAUCGAAGGGAAGAGAAAAGGAAGAGCUCCCGGAAAAUAAAGGACCUUUCAAAGGUGCUGCUAAGUGUAAUGGUCUUGUGCGCCACCUUUCGGAACCCCUUUCGGAACCCCUUUCGAAAGAGAACCUUCAAGGAAAGAACUCUUUGAAACGAACUAGUUCUGAAGCGCCGUCAAGGGCGAUUAAGCGACAGAAGCAAUCGAGCAUUUUGUCUUCGUUUGGGAAAUGGACUGACAAAGAUUCUAAGGACCAAAUGGAGAAGGAAAUUCGCUGCCCUGUUUGUGGGGAGAAAUUUGCUAGCGGAUUGAAAAAUUCUGAUAUCAACAAACACAUCGACAAUUGUCUCAGUAAAUGA